AUGUCUCAGUCGAUGACGCCUGUCACGGUGUUGAUGGCGGCUGCAUCCACGACGUCUUCGUCCAAGACGUCUUCAUCCACUUCCACAACCACGAAUGCCGCAACGACUUCUGGGGGAAGCGAGGUCUGCAAGAGAAAAGUAAAGAGUGGAAGCGACGGCAGCACUAGCGGGGAUGACGGUUCAACGUGCUCUUCUGGAGGCAGGUUCGAGCUCGGCUUGGUUCUUUUCGGUGCUACGGCAGUUGCUGCCUUGGUUGGGGUGGUGAUACUGUGA